UGUAACAUAAAAUCGAGGGUUUUGUUCGAAGUUCUAAAUUUCGAGAUGGAGACUGGUUCAGAAGGAGAAAGCGAUCGGAACAUCAAUGGUGAAUCCGAUGGAUCUAAGAGACAUGAACGCCAGAUGAAGACGCGCUUCCAACGGGAUAUGCUUGAAAAAACCUAUGCCGUGGAGAUGUAUCCAUUGAAGGACACGAAAGAGAAGCUUUCGGGAACUUUAGGGUUAACCGAUCGCCAGGUGCAAAGGUGGUUUAACAACCGCCGGCUUAGAGAUAAUAAACGACGGACUGCAAAAAGGGCUGGACGUGGUGGAGUUGGGAGGAGUCACAAUGGUUCAUUCUCAGCUCGUCUUCAAUGUAAAGACACGAACCAGACAAUGGAGAAGCUUGGUGUUCUUAAGUUUGAAGUUGGUCAACUGGCUGAAACCAAAACUUUUGAGAAAGGGUAUCGUUCUGCUUGGUUCAAAUGCAAGAUUAAGGAUAUAAGCUUGAAGAAGAACAAGAUUUUACCUGAGUACUAUGAUUUUCCAGAUGAAAAGAUUAAAUGGGCAAAUAUGUACGAAAUUCCUCCUUAUGGUAGAAAGUCAAAGAAUAUUAAAAAACAACUGAUGGUUCGACCUCAAUAUCCUCAAAUAUAUCACAAAAAUGAAAUGCCACCUGUCAAUUCGAUUACAGAAGUAUGUGUUAUCAUUGAUGGUGUAUGGAAGAGUGGGGAUUUGGUAGAUUGGUUUGAAGAUGAUUGUUAUUGGUCUGCAAGUAUUAUCAAAAUAUUGAGUGAUGAGAGGGUUAAGAUAGAGUUGCCAAAGCCUCCAGCUGGACAAGGGAAGGUUUAUAUAGCAUUUUGUAAGGAUCUACGCCCUUCCUUAGAUUGGUCUCCAAGUAAAGGCUGGAUAGUGCCUACCAUGAGAGGUCGGACUUCAUGUAAUGCACAGCUUAUUUUUCCAUCACCAAAAGGGAUGGAUAUUGAGAAGGAGGAAAUUGAUACACCUCUAAAUGUAUCUUCAACAUCCCGUACAUCAGUAAUUUCAUUAGAGGAUCCGAUGGAGGAAAUACCGAAUAGUCAAGAAGUGAAAAUAGAUGGUGAUGAUGUGGAAAAGGUGAGUUCUUCAGACAGUAUUUCAACUAUGCGUGUGGAAGAAAAUAAAACAGAUGAUGAUGAUGAUGAUGAUGUUUGGGAUGAUGUUGAUCACAACAUGAUAGAUUUAAAUAUCAUGCAUGAAAAGACAUUAGAAGCAUCGAUUCUUGACCUUGAAGAACUUGCUAAUAGAAUAAAAUGGCUUAGGGCCAUUUUAGAGAACAAUCAAUCAGGGUUCGGAUCUUGGAUGUUUGCAAAACAACAUUCAUCAACCAAAGUAACUUGAUACAAUAGUUGACUGUAAAUAGUAGUUUUACUUUUUGUUUUUGUGGAAUUGUUUCUGAUGGAAAUGCCUGUAUGAUUAGUAAAUUAGAUGCGUUGAUCAAAUUAUGAUAUUUCUCAUUUUACAAUA